CGCACGGUUGCGCAAGGUCCUUGGCAGUAGCUGCACGUGUACAGCAUCCGAAAGAUCGGCUCCCCCCCGCGAACCUUGAAAAAUACAUGAAAAUCAUCUGAUGCGAGCUUGAAAGUGCGCGUACCGUAUAGUAUGGCGUGGGUCGAGCACAAGGACUACGAGAUCGUCCUUCGCGAUCCCGAAUCGGUGCUUCGCCGGUGCCUGGGCAGUGAAAUCCGAGUGGUCGAUUUCGAGAGCGAUGACUUUGUCAAGACGGGCGACAACUACGGCAGUACCAUAAAAAAAGUACGCGUGAAAUUGAGUCGGGACGACGGGGAUGGAAAGGAUCAUCCAGAGGUCCUGGAUUUGGUGGCGAAAAUGCUACCACCCACGGACUUUCAGCGGGAGAUGUUUGAUAGUGGCUUUACCUUUAAGAAGGAGAUUUUUUUGUACGAAACUCUGAUACCGGUCUACAGGAGUUUGCUGCCCGAUUUCGACGCUGUGCCGAGGUUUUACGGGGCAAGGGUGUCGCGGGAGCCGGGCACUAAGGAGAUCGACGAGGACGCGGUUAUUUUUUUGGAGAAUCUGAAAGCCAAGGGCUACUACAUGGUGGACAGGCACAAAGGCUUGGACACGUCGCACCUGAAGCUCGCCAUCCGAGCACUGGCUCGAUUCCACGCGGUUGGGCUCUCGAUAAAGCACAGAAAGCCCGAUUUCCUGCCGAUCCUCAAGCAGUACGGCACCCCACUGGCCGUCAAAGACGACGUGAUGUCCACCUACGUGAACAGCUUCAUGGAGCAGCUGCGCGCGGACGAUCAGGGCGCCCCGUACGUCGAUCGCGUCCUCGCGACAAAGACCCGACAACUGAGCGAGUCGUACUACUCGCCCCUCGCCGCGGAACACGAGUGGGCGUGCACCUGCCACGGCGACAACUGGGUGAACAAUCUCAUGUUCCACCGGGACGAUCGAGGCGUCGACGAUGUCAAGAUGGUCGAUUUCCAGACCUUCUACCUGAGCAGUCCGCUUACCGAUCUCGUCUUCCUCCUCUGCAGCAGCAUGGAGCUGCCGAUCGUGGGCUUCGACGAGGCGCUCGAACUCUACCGGCGGAGCGCCGCGGACGCGCUGGGGGAGCUGCACUGCGACGCGAGCCUCUUCUCCGGGGAGAGCUUCCACGGGAGGCUCAAGAUCGACGCGGCCAACGAGCUGUUUCACGUGAUGCUCAUGACGAAGGUCGUGGAGCUCGGGGAUGGCGAGAACUUUGAAAAGAGUGGGCUGAACGAGGCUUGCUUGCGCAGGGCGAGGAGGAUACUCGAUAUUUAUGCGAAUAAGGGCUGGAUAUGAUUUCGAGUGGCCCCGGUGGAGGUGUCAUAGGAUCGUUAACAGUUAAAUUGGAAUGUGUGUGGUUUUUGUUUUUUUGCACACCCAUUACUUCUAAAGUGGGUAUGUUCGACAACUUCACAAUUGAUG